AUGCUAGACGAGCAGGACUUGGAGACACUGUGCGGAGGCGACCAGGGUCUGAACAGGCUGCUGAACCGCCAUUGUCUUUACACCAGCAGCCCGGAGGGUGCAACUGCUGACACAGUGACCAGUGUACGUUCACCUGAAACGGGCGGACCAUACGCUUCAUCUGGCAAUCUUGACUCUAGGAACAUCGGAAACAAAUCUCAAGCUUACGUGGAUAGCUACGGAGCUCAGAGUGCGUCGCAUGUGAGUCAUCGGCAAGAUGCUGGUUACGCCGCGGAUAGCGCACGGCAGGACGCCGCACCCUCCCUUGACGACCUGUUACAGCGUCUGGACAACCUCAAUACCGCACUGGGGCGGCAGGCUGACUCAUUGCAACGCGAUGCGAAUGGAAAGCUCGAGAAAUUAACAGAGGUCGUACGGUCGUCCAACACCGUUGGAGGCCCUUUGGACGUAAACGACCUUGCCAGCUCAUUACAUCAGUGCGAGGAUGUGGUAAAUUCCAUCUCUCACAAACACCUUAAGCUUCAAGACCUCCAUACGCUUGACUACCUGGAGAAGAUCCUUACCUUGAACAUGAAUGCGGUUUCGCUGAUCCACAACUGGGAAGAAACCUUGAGAACAAUUCAGGGCUCACUGCAGUCAUUCGAGCGUUUCCGGGAGAAGGGAGGUGUUCUUACGAAAAUGCUUAUGUCGGAUGAUGCUGUCGACGGCUUCACCUACGAAAAUGCAACGACGCUGCGGGACAUUUUCCUGCGUUUGCACUCUACCGUUGAGCAAUGCUUCGUCAACGACCCCAAUUUCGGUCAUAUGUCGGGCACGUUGGGAAACCUUCGCCUGAAAUACUCGGAAGUGGUGAGCGACAUCUGCUACGACGUCUGCACCCGCUUCUUCUCUCCGUUUGAAACCACCUACACUCCUUCACCGGAGGCUUCGGCUGAGGCCUUUCGCCGCCUUGUGGACCUGGCGGCAGACGUUUUCAAGCCCUCCUAUGCUGAAACAUUAUUGGUGCAAUGUUUCCGUCGAGUUAUGGAUGGGCUGCUGAACACUCAGUUCUUUACCAUCUGGGAAGAGAACGUUAGCAAACUUCCCAAUGGUGACGACCUUUCGUUGCUUCCGGACGACAUCGGCGUAAUAGUAUCGUCUUGCGCUGCCACGAUGAACGCCUUUUACGACUUCCUGGUAAAAUUGGUCACGGAUCGCAUGGAUUUGUUCAAGGGAUUCUUCGCCGCCAUGGGUGCGCGCAGUAUAUGCGCCAGCCCUGACGCAGCGCUGAACACCUGUAUCCGCGAUGUUGUGCAGAAUGGGAUGCUAUACUUCGAAGUUUUCGACAAAACUCUCGCUCGUCUGCCGCGCGCCGUUUUCUUAACUGUCGCCACGGAGGUCAUGAGGUCGGCGCAGCCUAUUGCCGACAAGCUGGUGGAGGCGUUUUCAGCGUUACCUUUCCAUGAAGAAAUUACCCAGAUGCCAAUACUGCCCAAGGGCAUGCUGGUUCGCUACAUCAACGCACUGGACGACCUUAGUGCGGAAAAUUGCUGGCGCAGUGCACCAGCCUCAGAUUCGGUGGACGACCACAUCUCACGCCUCGAGCAGUUAGUGACAUAUACGACGGGCCUGAAAUGCACGAGCAAUGGCACUCUAUCGCAUGGCGACGGUCUCGACAUUUACCAACCUCUAGCCUGGAUUUACAACCGACUGUUGCUCUGGCAUUUGAGGGAGUGCUACAAGGCGGUCAUGUCCGGCUGCGGCAACGCUCUGACCGGUUACUUCAUGGCCCUGAGCCAACAGGAAAUGAGCCGCGAUAUGAACACGGAGAACGAGUCCGACUGUCGGCGCGUGCUGUUGGCGCUUACGAGUGGCAGUCGCAGCAUGGCCGACGCCAUGGAGAAAUCGCUGGCACCCGCAGCAACAGCUGGCGAACAACAAUCCGUGUUGUCCAAGGCCAUCACACAUUGGUAUGUUGCUAGUGGAAACGUGACAUCGUUGGAUGGAGUGAACGCAUCGGUGCGUCAGUGCUUCUCGGAGCCUUUCCCUACGGAGGGCGGGUCAUUUUUCCACGAUGAAUCAGGCGCCGUUUCCGCGGCCGUCACCAACAUUGUGCGUUUCAUAGCUCGCAAGGCGUCCAACAUAAUGCGGAACUACGCGAACGCCGCUGCCGAGCCGGAGUCCGACACCGACGUCUCCAGUUCCGUGCUGCUGCUCAGCGGGUACUUCACGGCACUGUUACCGCUGUUCGCGGACGACGACAUGCUGCCGAAUAGAAUCCUGGCACAGGCGUUUACGGUGUUCGUCGACGAGGAGCUGGAGAGGCUGGCCGGUGCCCGCCCCUCCGACCCCGCCCUCCUGCAGCGCUACCGCGCUGACAUUUCGCAACUGAUCGUGAUAAGCAACUACUGCGGCUCCGACGUCAACGAAUCGCUUGAGAUGCUACUUUCAGCAUGA